CUCCUCCUCUUCCUCCGAGCACCACCACCAACUCUCUGCGCCUCCGAUCUCGAGCAAGCAGAGGUGCAGCGACCGCCCUCCAGCGCCAUGGCACUAGUCCCCGCCCCCUCGCGCCUGCUAGUCCUUGUGGACGCCCCCGCGGGCUCGGUCCACUCCUCCCCCCGGCUGAUGCUGGCACCGGCGGGCAUUCGGCUCCCCUCCGGGGUACGCGCCAUCGCGGCAGUGAACGGCCGCCUCGCCACCGUCAUCGCCGAGGCGACGGGGACGAGGGGCUACGGACCAAGGCGCACGCCGGCCAGCGUCAUCUCCGAGGAGGAGACGGGGAUGUGGGGGUGGGGCUACGCGCCUGCCCUUCUCACGCUCGCGCUCGCCCCAAGGCGCAUGGAGGCCGGCGAAGGUCUACUCCAGGGCCGCGGAUCUGAUGCCGCGAGGGCGCUCGGACAUGGUGAUGGGGCCGUCGGAGGCUACUUCGGCCUCCCAGACGCCGCGGCCAAAAGUCAGGCCAAACAAGUGGCUGAGUUCGUCAAGCUCCGCGCCAGGCUCCUUGUCAUGGCCGACAAGGUGCCAAUGCCGGGGGGGGGCAGAGGUGCGCGCCCUCAUGCCUGAACUCAAUUUUGUGGACUUAACGGCGCCCAUUUUUCAUUGGGUCGUUCCCCGCAUCAACAGUAGACUCCGUGCGAUCAUGGGAGAACAAGUCUAUAAAGGAUUGAUCGAUUGGGACAUUGAUUUGACCAGUCUCAAGGCGGAGCAAAUUGUUCUUAUCACCAGUUGCUCCAGCAUCACCUCGCUGAUUGAGAUGCUCAUAGCUCAGAUGAAGUACUCUAUUAUGCACUCUUCUCCAAGUAACUCAGCAUUGCGAAUUGAUCAUCCUGUUUAUGAUCUUGCUCCAAAGUUUGUGAAGAAUUUGGCUGCCAUUGCUGAAGGGCUGUUUGUGAACAUAGAUUUCCUGUGCUUCACUGUUCAGUCCCCUGUUACUAUGCAGCAAAUGGUUGCAAACACCUCCAAGGGAUUACUUCAGGUGUUCGAGGCUGUCAAUGACUUUCAUCAGGUGUUUAACUCAGCAGUUGAGAAUGACGUGGAGAUGCUGAACGAGUUGCGGAUGUAUCAUAAAAUUCUCCAGGCUGAGGACUACAAGGCUUCGGAGUACUUGGUUGGACCACUGGAAAGGCAUCUGGAUAUUGUGACAAGGAAGCUCUACAACCUCGAUAAGGAGUUGAGGCCGCUGCGCCUACGUGCUUAAGCUAGCUGCGCUCACUUUAGAAUUUGCUUCUGAGAUGGUCCUUUGGUCGACCGUGAUAGUUAAUCUCUAUCGAAUUUGGAUUGUGAUAUUUAAUUGCUAAGUUAACCGUGGAUGUUGCUUGAAGCUGUCUGUAUUGCUUUGCUAAAAUUGUGGAGUUAUGGCCAAACGGUGCAUGUUCCCAUUCAA